AUGCUGCCGCCUGCCUCGCCGUGCUGCCCCGGGGGGCUGCAGGAGUACCGCAAGUACUGCGGCUGCGGGGCUGGCCAGGGAGCCUCCUGGAGCACCAAAGAGUUCCUGAUCCACCCCAAGCUGUGGAGUUUCUCCCCAGACCGAGUCAGGCUGCGGGGGCAGCGUGGCCCCCGUGGGCUGGCUCCUGAGUCACCCCUUCCGGUGCCACCACCGCCUGCGUCUCGCCGGCGGUGGCCGCUCGCCCCCGGUGGCGCUCGGUGGCUGCCGCCUGAAGCACUUUUUCCUUCCCAGCACAGUGGGAUCGAGGCCACCCAGCAGCUGGGGAAGGGUCCCAGUGCCUUCAUUCCCCUGCGAGAGAUCCCGCAGGAGGGAGCGGAGGGCAGCCUGCGCCAGCUCCUGAUCGACGCCCUGCUGUCGUCGGGCAGGGUGGACCACGUCGCCAUGGUGAUGGGGCUGCACCCCCAGUACCUCAGCAGCUUCUGGAAGACCCAGCGCCUGCUGCUGCGCAUGGACGGACCCCUGCCCUACCACAAGCGCCACUACAUCGCCAUCAUGGCAGCUGCCCGGCACCAGUGCACCUACCUGGUGAGUCUGCACACGGAGGAGUUCCUGCAGGUGGGGGGCAACCCAGCGUGGCUGCAGGGCCUGCACUGUGCCCCCCCAAAGCUGAGGAACCUCAAUGAGAUCAACAAGCUGCUGGCACACCGGCCCUGGCUCAUCACCAAGGAGCACAUCGAGGCGCUGCUGAAGCCAGGGGAGGACAGCUGGUCCCUGGCAGAGCUGGUGCAGGCCCUGGUGCUCCUCACCCACUACCACUCCCUGGCCUCCUUUGUCUUCGGCUGCGGCAUCCACCCCGAGGGGGAGCAGGACGGGGGGCAGGGCUGCCACCACCCCUCCCCCCACAGCGACGGCAGCCCUGCCGCUGACGACAGUCUGGGGGGCUCCGGGGGCAGAGAUGCCGUGCGGGAGGUGGAGCUGCUGAUGGAGAGGAUGAAGCUGCUGCAGGAGAGCCAGCUGGAGGAGGAGGGCAUCACACAGGAGGAGCUGGAGACUCGCUUCGAGCUGGAGAAGACAGAGAGUUUGCUGGUCGCUCCCUCGGAGGUGGCAGAGGAGUCCCUGCGCUCCAGCGUCCUCUGCUUCGUGGAGGACCCCGAGUUCGGCUACAAGGACUUCACCCGGAGGGGCCAGCAGGCCCCCCCCACCUUCCGAGCACAGGACUACACCUGGGAGGACCACGGCUACUCCCUGAUCAACCGCCUGUACCCCGACGUGGGGCAGCUGCUGGACGAGAAGUUCCAGGUGGUCUACAACCUGACCUACAACACCAUGGCCAUGCACCGGGGCGUGGACACCUCCGUGCUGCGCAGAGCCAUCUGGAACUACGUCCACUGCGUCUUCGGCAUCCGCUAUGAUGACUACGACUAUGGGGAGGUGAAUCAGCUGCUGGAGCGCAGCCUGAAGGUCUACAUCAAGACAGUCGCCUGCUACCCAGAGAAGACCACCAGGAGGACCUACAGCCAGUUCUGGAGACACUUCAAGCACUCUGAGAAGGUCCACGUCAACCUGCUGCUGCUGGAGGCUCGCAUGCAGGCAGCUCUGCUCUACGCCCUGAGGGCUGUCACUCGAUACAUGACCUGACCAGACCCUGCUCCCUCCUCCUCCUCCUCCUGCCCCGGGGCUGGGGGAAUGGCCAGGGGGGAGCUGGCACCCUAAAGACUUGGCUGGAAUCUUAUCUCCCCUCUUACGGGGCCUGGAGCUGUGGAAGGAAAGUUGGGGGCCCCCUGCUCCUCAUCCCAGGAGAGGGAACCCCUCGAGAAGCUGCUGGUGUUGGGGAGACCCCAGAGUGCUGCCCUGGGCUUGGCAGAGCUCCACUGCUCCCUGCCUGCCUCGGGACGAGCCUGAAGAAAGCCAGGCUGGGGUGCCCUGGGUGCUGCCCUGGCCGUGCAGUGCUGCUGUCACAGCUCUGUGCCAUGUCCUGGCACCAAGACUGCCACCGCUGAGGGCUCUGCACAUCAACAGAUCACCAGAGGGUGCCGCGGGCUUUGUCCCUGCUUCUUGGGGUCUCAUUGUGCUGGAGGAGAUGCAGCUGCCCUGGCACCCCCGUGCCCACCUCUCUCAUACCCAGGGAUGGCACCACAGGGGUGGUGGGAAGGGUCUGGGCAGCAGUGGUGCCACUCACCUUGGAGCUGAGCCCCCAGGCUGGGGUCUGCAUGGCUGAAGAGGCAGCAGCCUCUCCUGGCCUGUCUGUGCCCCACAGCUCCAGCUCAGUUGUUUCUGGGGGGCAUUCACCCCUGAGUGGGCACAGAAGUGUGGCUGUGGCUCUGCUGCAGGUUUGUUUGGACAAAUAAAGUUC